UUCCGUACAAGACGAUUUAAUGUUGGAGCACGCAGGUUUUCGGGUUUGUUUACAAAAGCCUAGCAGAAGAAAAGCAUCCAGUCUGGAAACAAAAGCAGAUUCAACGUCCGAGCGCGCCACUUUCAAAUUGGAGAAGCGUUUCAAAUUGGGAUAUUAAAAUUGAUUUUAGUGCAACACCUCUAUUCGCACAAUGUCACGUCUAUACUGCGGAUAAAAAAGAAAACAGAGCAGACGACGUUCGUGGCAUAUCAGCUGCUCCCGUUGACGUAUACGUUAUGGGCAACGUGUAAGCAAACCACUUUGUUCUAGUCGAAAAUAGAAACCUGGAACGUUUUGUCGUGAUGAACAAUGUUCUGGGAGAAGUACUGAUACGCUUGGUGAUCGGCGUUAUUGCGCUAUAUUUUGAUAAAGUUCGUCCGUUUACCAGAAAGAUACAGCCGGAUGAACUUUGGCUCUACAAGAAUCCCCGCACUGACAGUUAUGUUACAACAACUACGCUCUGGAUUAUGUCCUUGGGGAUACCAACUGCAGUCAUUUUGUGUGUGAGUUUUGCAAAACGGAAGCAAUCGGAUGCUUUACAAGGCUUUCUGGCAUGUUCCUUGGGUUGCGUCUUGAAUGCUCUCCUGACCAAUAUAAUCAAGGUCAUUGUUGGUCGUCCAAGACCCGAUUUCUUUUGGCGAUGUUAUCCCGAUGGUGUCGUCAGUAGUAACCUGAGCUGUACUGGGGACAUGAAUGUCGUGCAGGAAGGUCGCAAAAGCUUCCCCAGCGGACACUCAUCUUGGGCAUUUGCUGGCUUAGGAUUCCUUGCAUUGUAUAUUGCUGGCAAACUGCACACAUUUUCGCGCGAAGGGAAGGCCCACGCCUGGAAGCUUGUCGCCCCUCUCGCUCCACUCUGCUCUGCUCUGAUGAUUGCCCUGAGUCGCACCUGUGAUUACCACCACCAUUGGCAGGACGUUGCGUGCGGGUCUGCUCUUGGACUUUUCUGUGCUUACAUUAGCUACUGCCACUAUUACCCAAAGCUCUCGUCACCUGUCUCAGAUCAGCCGUUAGUAGACAUACCCAUCCGAACUACUUCCAGCAUGGAGGGCGUCAGUGUUAAGACAAUCUAGUUCUUUUCAACGAAAAUUGCCACAGUUAAUGGAUUUUAUUUAUUUAUACUUUAGCUUGGUCUUAGUGAUGCAACAAUCCUGAAUACUGGUGCCGUCUUCCAUGCAUUUGAGUGCAGUGUUGCAUUUUCUUCAGUUGAACACUGAACUUCUGGAGGCAAAAUUGUUGAUUUCAAAAUGUAGGCAAAGAUUACUUACUCCAAUGAUUCCAAACUAUCACAUCAGUUACUGAGUACCUUUCACUAACAUAUCUCCAUCGAUUGUUCUCAAACAAUGUGGUAUGCAUUUUAAUUCCUAAGUAACUUUAAGGAUUUUCCUCAUUUAAGCUGUAAUUUAAUUCAUCUUUUACCUAUUGUGGCUAAUUGGUUCUGUGAUAUAUCAUACAUCUCAUCAAAUAUUGUUGUUUUUUGCACUUACCAACUGGUAAUUGACAUUCCUCUCCAAAAUAAAACAUGCCAUAUCAAUUCCAAA